AAUGCACAGUAUACUGGGGCCAUUCCACAGGGUGCUAGUCCUCCUAAGCCUCCAAGGGCUCAUGAACUAAAAUUGCUCAUGAAAAACAUCAAGGCAACACUCACCAAUCAUAACACUGCAGGUAUCAUUAACCCCAUUUGUAUAGUUCAACUCAAUGACCCUUUGCAGAAAUUUUGUAGCUCUUUUGCCAAUUAUCCCAUGGACCUUUCUUGGAAAGAGGAAUUUAUUUUUGAAUUAAAUGCCAAAUCAAAAGUGCUGCAAAUCAACAUUACAGAAAAUGGGGAGUUGGAUGGUGAUUCUUCCAUUUCUGCUAGUGUUCCUUUGGAUUUAUUCAGGAAACAGCCUUCUGGACUGCAAAGUUUUGAACUGAACAGCCAAAUCAGCAAUAAUAGCUCUGCAGUAGGAUCUGUGUCUGCAGAGUUUUUGUACAUAGAACCAUCAGAAACCAAAUCACAGCAAGUUCCUGCCAAACUUCCUGUUGCAAAAGUAGAAAAGGACCGAACUGUGAUGCCUUGUGGGACUGUGGUCACUACUGUAACUGCUGUGAAAGCCAAGACUUUGGUGGAAGGGAGAUCAUCUGUUCUGCAUUCAGGUGAGAACACAGGAGGAAGUCUACUUUGCUCCAAGAACCUGACUUUUAAAGACAAAUUUCUCUGCUAACAUGUAAGAUGAAAGACAGGAUACAACUUUGAUUGACUCAGUGUUUCCCAAACUUAUUUGGCAGUGGAACAUUCUGGGACUGAAGAUAUUGACAGAUAAUAUGCAAGCUAGUUCUUAAAAAGGAGGAGGGUGGUUUGACUGAAAAAAAAGUGAUUCGAUUCUUUUAAAAGAAUAUGUAAUUUUAAAAUUGUUUAACCUUUGAAUCAACUAAAAAUAGUAGUAAUGAACCUCAAAUACAUCUUAACUUGUAACAACUACUUCACUUCUGUAUAUAAAAGAGGUGAUUGAUUAUUUCUUUCUUUGCACAAAAGAUUUUUAAUGGGAUUGGUGUUUUGGUUUCUGUAUUUCUUUCACACAGUGUAAAAAUUCUGUUUCACAUAAAUGCAGUGAACAAAAAGGAAGAAACAUGUUUCUUUGUUUUGUUUGUUGCACAUUAUUUCAAAAGUAAUUCAGUGAAAUUUCAUUAAAUUUUUGUUUUAUUUAAAAGUCAAAAAUUAAGUUAGCUUUCACAUUCACAUUUCACAGUCAGGUUAGUAAGCUGACUGGCUUAAUUAGCAGGCAGAUUUUAAGCCCCAGAACUUUGAGGAAAAUGUUCUAGGAGAGCAGACUAUAACCACACAGGUGCUAUAAAUGGCACUGUAAAUAUUUUCACCUACUGAGGUAAUUGGACUGUAUGAUUAACACGAUUAAAGGCAUGCACAACAAAAUGAUGUUAGGAUGUCUAGGGACUUGCCAACCCC